GCCCUUGGCAACGACGCCGCGUUGCUAGGGCGCCGUUUGGCGCGGGGCGAGCUGGCGGGAGGCUCCGGCGCCGCGCGGCCCGUCCCAGGCCGCCGCGGGAGCGCGCGGGAUGCUGAAGGCCAAGAUCCUGUUCGUGGGCCCCAGUGAGUCUGGAAAAUCCGUCUUGGCAAACUUUCUGUCAGAGAGCACAGAAGGCAUUAGCAGCUACGUCCCCACUCAAGGAGUGAGGAUCCUGGAAUAUGAGAAACCAAAUAUGAAUGGCAACAGUAAAGGGGCGGGGUGUCGAUUUGAGCUGUGGGAUUGUGGCGGUGAUCAAAAGUUUGAAACUUGCUGGCCAGCUCUGAUGAAAGACUCCCAUGGUGUUGUAAUAGUCUUCAACCCAGAAAUGCCCAGUCACCUGAAGGAAAUUGAAAUGUGGUACUCCUGCUUUGUGCAGCAACAGCAGUUACUAGAUGGCCAGUGUCUGCUAAUUGCACACCAUAAGCCAGGCAGUGCAGGGGACACAGAAAACCUGUCUUUGGCUUCACCACUGAACAAACUGAAACUAAUACACUCCAGCCUGGAAGAAGAUCCUGAGGAUGUCCGCAUGGAAUUUGUGAAAUACUUCAAAAGCAUUAUCAGCUUGCUAAAUGAGAGCAGAGACAGGGAAGAGAUGUCAAUUAUUACCUAAUGCUGGAAGAAAUACUGAAGUAAGAGAGAUACAGUACUUCUUUCAUUAUGGAAUCUGCCCAAUCCAGGAAACAGGAAUUAAUCUUCAUCUCUGGCAAAUGACAGUCCACAAACAUUAACGAGUUUAUUUUCCCAAAAGCAAGUAGAUGCACAACUUAAGACUCCUCAUGAGAACCCGCUAUUGACUUCUAAUGAACUGCUAUCCCCAAGAAUUGCAUGUAAGUCUAGGAAUUUGGGUAAAUUAAGCUGCCUCCUGGCAUUAGAUGAAGAGAACAAGAAUGUAUUUUCUAAUAAAACAUUGAUCUAGA